AUGGAAGGAGUUGACGGGAUUAUGGUUCGUCGUAGCGUUCCAUCAGAUCAUAGCUGCCUUUUUAGUGCAAUCGGAUAUGUAAUGGACCAUGACAGAAACAAGGCAACUGAGCUACGACAGGUUAUUGUUCAAAAGGUUGCAAGUGACCCAACAAAGUAUACAGAGGCAUUUCUCGAAGUGUCAAAUGAAGAAUAUUGUUCCUGGAUUCAAAACUCUAAUACCUGGGGAGGAGCCAUUGAGUUAUCCAUCUUAUCGGAAUACUACCAAAAGGAAAUCGCUGCAUAUCAUACCGAUAACGUGAGAUGUUAUGUUUAUGGAGAGGAUCAAAAAUACACUGAAAUGGUUUUGCUAAUUUACGAUGGUCGCCAUUAUGAUGCGUUAGCUAUAUCUCAGGCUUAUGGAGUCUCAGAGGAGUUCGACCAGACAGUAUUUCCCGUACAAGAAGAUAAGAGCAUCGGGCGUGUUCACGAGCUUGCUCUUGACCUCGUCAACGAAGAAGCAAGGAACGAUGGAGAUAUUGGAAAUUGCUCUGUGGAUAUCAUAUUUACACGUGUUGUAUGCGGGAUUGAACUUAUCGGACAAAAGGAAUCUAUGCAACAUGCUGAAGCUACUAAUCAUCUUGAAUUUGUUGAGAAAUUAUAGAUAAAUGUGUGGAGUUUGAGAUUGAAUAUUAAAUAAACAUUUUUUGUUCAGAA